GCCCAUGUGGGCGCCUGAUUGGCUGUUGGCCGCGCAACCCGGCCAAGGCACGAGAUCGCCGCAGAGUCCGGCGGCUGUGACCUAUUGUGUCAAAGUAAUUAAAGCAAGUCGUGGCUGCCUUCUGCGCCUCCGGCCUGCUCCCCCACUCCCCUCACCUUCCCACUUUGUUAAUUAGCGGCAUACUCGUUUCUGUCCUUUGGCGACGGCGGGGUCUGUGAGCCGGUUAUUUAUCAUCAGGUUUUCAGACUUUGUCAUCGCCUUGAAGAGACGGCUUUAAUUCUAGUACCAAGCUUGUGCGUCGAUUGAAAUUAAUCCAUCAUUAUUUUUGGGCGUUGUUUCGCUUGUCCAUCUGGCCUAUGGGCGCCUUUGAAGGGGGCAUUCUUGUCUUCUCUCGCGCAUCUGAAAUUUUAAGCACCAGACCAUCACCUCGAGAGCGAUGCGACUGCGCGCGGCCUUUUUCGGCGCGCCUGUGGCCUGGGCGGCUACGGUAGUGCUGGGGCGACAUGACGGUGGUAGUGGUGGCCAGCAGCAGGUUCUGGGCGCAGGUGAAAACGACGAGACUGCCCGGGUGAAUGGCUUCGUCGCCUUUGGCGACUCGUACAGCGCGGGCAUCGGCACCAGAGUCGAGAACGGCACCGAGAACGCUUGUCGGCAGGGCGACGGGGCUUACCCGGAGCUCAUCCAUGGCGACAUGGUGGCGGCGGCGCCGGCCGGGCGGAACGUGACGCUGCAGUUCCUGUCGUGCACGGGGGCGACGACGGACAACGUUCUGGCGGGCGGCGAGCGUUCGCAAAUGGAUGCCUUCAACGCGUCGGCCGCGGCCGGGUCCGACUUUGCGACGCUCAGCAUCGGCGGCAACGACCUGGGCUUCUUCGACGUCAUGAACGCCUGCGUCUUCCACUUCUACAGCUUCUAUAGCGGCACGUGCGAGACGGCCCUCAAAGCCGCCGCCGCCCGCAUCGCCUCGCCCGACUUUGAGCUGCGCCUGGGCCUCGUGCUGAUGGAGAUCCUCGACAAGGUGCGCUGGGAGAAGCGCACCAGCUUCUCCAUCACCGUCACGGGCUACGCGCGCUUCUUCAACGCGGACACGGAGGAGUGCGACGACAUGAGCCUGGGCGUCUGGUGGCCGCCGGCGCUUCUGGGGGGCCCGAAAAUGCACCGGUCCAUGAGGCGGCAGAUGAACGAGCUCGUUGUGGCCGUCAACAAAAAGCUUCUCCGCGUCAUUAGCGAUGUCAACAGCCGCUUCGCAAACCCCAGGGUUGUCUUUGUUGACUACGACGCCGAGUUUGACGGCCACCGCUUCUGCGAGCCUGGCGUCUCCGAGCCCGACUACCUUCGCGCCGAAACCUGGUUCUUCCUGCCAGCCGGGCCUGACAACGCCCAUCCGGAACCUGACACCGACACUCUUAUCGCAAGCAACGCGCUCGAGCCUGAAUCCCCCCUGGUCGACCCGAACAGCUGCCUGCCAGAGGCUGAGCGGUCGGGGGACUGGGGCGAGCUGGCUCUCUGCCUCAUGGCGACGGCCAAGCAGAGGAAUCCGUCUCUCGAGCUGCGCAACGACCUCCUCGUGACAAAGGACUCGAUGUGGUACGUACCGACGUACUACGGCAAGACGUUCCACCCUCGCACUCUCGGGCACGAGGCAAUCCGGCAAAAGAUAUACGAAAUGUGGUUCGCAGGGAAUAAUUGAGGCUAGUAAGGGAGCCCAAGGGGUCGUCAGUGAUUUUUAUAAUUAUGGCUUGGGACAUCUCGAUUACUGUUGGCAAGGCAUCCGCGGAUUCAUUUGGGACAUGGGCAUUUUCAUAUAUGGUUUCUCUGUUUUUCUGUUCAGAUACCCAUCCAUAUAUUAAUUAGUACUCGGAUUUUGUUUUAUCAAAGCGGCCUUGUCAAAUGAAGAC